AGUUUUCUGUUUUAUUCUCUCUUUACUAAAAUAUUUUUGUGGUAUAUUUUGCCACCUGUUACUCCUGCUCUUGAGUAAAAAGUAUUUGGCAGUGCGCAUGCGCGAAUGACAGUUUACAUCUGUCAAAAGAGGCUGCAAAGUUGAAGAGAAGUUGAUACUUGAGGUAAAACUCGAUCAUGGCAACGUCGUUGGAUAAGAGUUCAAACUUUCUGCGGCAAUUCAGAGAUUUAAAAACUCGAGAAUUUAAACUUCUCUCAGCACAACAGUUUAUGGAAGUUUGGAAUCAUUAUGAUACAGAUGGUAAUGGAUUUAUCGAAGGAAGCGAACUCGACAGUUUUCUCACACAGCUGGUGACAAGCAUUAACACCCAGGAUAUUGGACCAGAGGUAGUGUCGCCUACAGCUCUUACGGAUGCUAAAACUUUGCUAAUGAAUGCUUUUGAUGAGAACAGUGAUGGGAAAAUUGAUAUAGCAGAGCUAGCUCAGAUUCUACCAACGGAAGAAAAUUUUUUGCUUCUCUUCCGGAGGGACAACCCCUUGGAGUCCAGUGUCGAGUUUAUGAAGGUUUGGAGGGAAUUCGAUAAAGACAGAAGCGGAUAUAUCGAGGGCGACGAGCUGAAGGAUUUUUUGUUACACUUGUUGAAACAAUCCAAAAGAGAGAAUGACGUCACAGAAGAACAACUGAUCACCUAUACAGAUACGGUGCUACAAUUAUUCGACAGAAAUAAGGAUGGAAAACUGCAGUUAAGUGAAAUGGCAAAACUUCUCCCAGUAAAAGAAAAUUUCUUGUGCCGACCAGUAUUCAAGAGACAGUUCAGAAAGAACAGUUCUGUAUUUGGUAGUGCUAGUAAAUUGACAAAAGAUGACAUCGAUAAAGUUUUUCGUCUUUAUGACCGAGAUAACAGUCAUUUUAUAGAGAAUGAAGAAUUAAAUGGGUUCCUUAAGGACUUGAUGGACCUCGUGGAGGAGGAUUAUGACGAAGCUGACCUGAUUCAGUGUAGAGAGGCUUUGCUGCGGGACUGUGACCAAAACCAGGACGGUAAAAUUGACUACAACGAACUUAGGAUGCUGUUGAUGUCCUAUAACCAAGCCUCCCUUGACAACCCCGGCUUUGAGCAAGAGGAUUCCUCCUAAAGUCCUUAAACAAGGCUUAAAGUUCCUUCACUGCGGGUGUGCUUCAACCCCGAGACGGAACAGUUUGGGUUGCUGUUCAGUUCCUAUAAAAUAUUAAACUUUUCUAUAAUUAUCUUUUCUACUCUAAUCUAUUCUUAAAUUCUUCCAUCUGGAGAUAUUUUUUUAAUUAUUUUACCAAGUUGUAUGUUUGGGAACGUCAGUAUGUCUUGAAUGUCAUCCAGUUUUGCUUUCACUGCUUUGAAUGUGGAUAAUGCGAUGUAAAUAAUCAAAAUAUGAAACGUGCCAGCAUCAAACGGCUUAUGCUAAAAUACUCCAUUUACGUGCUUACAUAUAUAAAAAUGUUACCCUUUCUUUUUCGUUUUAUUUCGUACAUUGUCUUUGCGUCAACAAAGUUUUGCCAAAUAAUACAUGUAGGUAUUUGAAAAGACAAUUUUUCUAAUCAUCUAAAUGUAGUUGUUUUUAAGAAUUUUGCACUUUUGUAGUAAUGUAUGCAUGUAGUAAAUGCUGCAGUGGUAUAAUAUAUAGACUUUUAUAUCUAAAAAUCUAGAUUUUAAUAUCGAAAAGGUAUAUAUGCUUUCCUAAGUUAUUAAGUGAAGUUAUAUUAAUGAGCCAAAAUGGUAAACAUAUUAAUUACUUGUACAUCAAAAUGCUGAUUAGACUUAGUAUUAAACACCUUACGAAGAAUGACUAUUCCACUUAUUAAAUAAUACCUUGCCAACGUAUUUACAACGAGAUAGAACAGAUUGAGUCGAGCAUUUUCAACUUAAACUGUUAAUUUUGACAGUCAGAUAAUGAAAAAAUAAAGGUGAAUUGAUUAAUUAGCUUCCUAAAUGCUUGAAAACAACAUACAUUCUUCAAUUAUUAUAAAUAAUAAGUUAUUGAUAUAUAAGCUUUUGAGAUGUACAGAAUAGUGUUAGUCACCGGGUGUGACCUGCUUUUAAAUCUUCAAUUAAAAAAAUGAUAAUUUGA